AUGACUAUGAUGAUGAACAAUUCGGAACACAUUAUGAGUAUUAUUAUCAACAAGUACCAGCUAAUUGGCGAGAGGCAAGACUGAGAUGUCAUCUGAACGGAUCAAAGCUAGCGUCUCCUCUGAAUUCAAGAUUCGUGAAAAACAUGAAAAAUUUGGCAAAGACUAGUGUUCAUGGAGUUUUUACGGGUAUUCACUCUACAUUUUCCAGAGGCGACUAUUUUUCCGUGGAAGGUGUUCCUCUUGCUAAGAUUACUCACGUCUGGAGCAAAGGCGAGCCCGACAAUGAUCAGGAUCGAGAAGGUUGCAUAGUAAUGUCUGCUGAUGGCACUUUUGCUGACAAGAAUUGUUCAGGGACUUUCCCGUACAUAUGUUAUAAGAAAUUCUCAAAAAGAACUGUAUGCGGCACUUCGGAUCUAUCCUACAUUCUGGAUAAUAGAACCGGCAGUUGUUACAAGUUCCAUCAGUUCCCUCGUACCUGGUCUCGAGCUUACAUGACCUGUGCUGCCGAAAACGCAUAUCUUGCAGUCAUCAACUCUGAAACCGAAGGAAAGGCGUUGGGUGAAUUGUUCUUGAAAAAGGGAAAACCUUUACCAUAUUCUGGUGAAUACUACUGGGAUACCGCCCAUAUUGGAUUCCAUGAUUGGGGCGAACAUGGCGGACAAUGGAUUACUGUUCAUGGUGACAACCUUAAAGAUGCUGGCUACGACAAGUUCAACCCUGGAGAGCCAAACAACUACAGUAUCUAUUUCAUGAAUAGCAUUAUGUACGAGUUUUGCGGCGGGAUAACUAAAGUAGGUACCCUGGACGACAUGUGGUGUGAACGCAGAGCGCAAUUCAUUUGUGAAAUGCAACCUGAGGACUUCUUGUCUUCUGAUGAGGAUUGAUUAUUGCUUUUUCACUCAGGGUUGGACCCCACUUGUUAGCAUGCUUCUGUG